UCACUCCAGCAAAUUUCGUAUUUUUCUUUUCCUAUUCAAACUUAUCCGAUGCAAUCAACCAAAACAAUGCUAAACUAAUACGCAAAUAUUGCAUAUAAUUCCACGUUCUUUCGUUACGUUUGCCCCCACCACACUGAAUAUUAUAAUCUAUAAACUCAGAUUCGAAGAUUCACUUCAUUCUCUGAGUUAUUCCCUUUCGUCUCCUACUUCUUCUUCUUCAUCUUCAAGUUUUGAUUUUUCAUCCAAAAAUGGCGUCUUUGAGCUUGACCCAGAUCAGAACCGGGAAUUCAGCAUCUGGGUUUUCGUUGAAUUGUCGUGGAAAGGUUCAAGCACGUCCCUGCAGAGUUGGGUUUAGGGUAUCUGCCUCUGAGAAUGGUAAUAAUAAGGCUUCAUCAGAGCCUGAUCUUAGUGUCACUGUUAAUGGGUUGAAGAUGGCAAACCCUUUUGUUAUUGGAUCAGGUCCACCAGGGACCAAUUACACUGUUAUGAAAAAGGCCUUUGAUGAAGGAUGGGGUGCUGUGAUUGCCAAAACUGUAUCACUUGAUGCAGCAAAAGUCAUAAAUGUAACUCCUCGAUAUGCCCGACUAAGGGCAGGUGCAAAUGGCUCGGCCUUAGGACAAAUUAUUGGGUGGGAGAACAUAGAACUCAUCAGUGAUAGGCCACUUGAAACGAUGUUGAAAGAAUUCAAGCAACUAAAAGAAGAAUACCCGGAUAGAAUUCUCAUUGCUUCAAUCAUGGAGGAGUACAACAAAGUUGCUUGGGAGGAGCUUAUUGAUAGGGUUGAGCAAACUGGAGUUGAUGCAAUUGAAGUAAAUUUCUCCUGUCCUCAUGGAAUGCCGGAACGCAAAAUGGGUGCGGCUGUUGGACAAGAUUGUGCUCUUCUGGAAGAGGUUUGUGGAUGGAUAAAUUCGAAAGCUACGGUUCCUGUUUGGGCCAAGAUGACUCCCAACAUAACUGAUAUUUCUCAGCCAGCCAGAGUUGCCCUUCAAUCAGGAUGCAAGGGAGUAGCUGCCAUAAAUACAAUCAUGAGUGUCAUGGGAAUCAAUCUAAAUACAUUACGUCCCGAGCCUUGUGUUGAGGGGUACUCUACUCCUGGGGGAUACUCAGCAAAGGCAGUCCAUCCAAUAGCACUUGGGAAGGUCAUGAGUAUCGCGAAAAUGAUGAAGUCAGAAUUUGAUAUGGACAAGUAUUCACUUUCAGGCAUUGGAGGUGUCGAGACGGGUGGUGACGCUGCAGAGUUCAUUCUUCUUGGGGCAAACACUGUUCAGGUGUGCACUGGUGUUAUGAUGCAUGGCUAUGGUCUUGUGAAGAAACUAUGUGAUGAACUUAAAGACUUCAUGAGAAAGCACAACUUCACAUCAAUUGAAGAUUUCAGAGGGGCUUCUCUUCAGUACUUCACUACUCACACUGAUUUGGUCCAAAGGCAGCAAGAAGCAAUAAGGCAGAGGAAAGCCAUAAAGAAAGGGUUGCAAUCUGAUAAAGAUUGGACAGGUGAUGGUUUUGUUAAAGAAUCUGAAAGCAUGGUUUCCAACUGAAAUCGUCUUCAUCAAUCAAACAAGUGAAAAAUGCAAAGCCUUUCUUUGCAUGAUUAUAUAUAUAUGUUCAUGAAAAUUUGGGUAACAUGGAAAUGAAACACAUAAGGCUCUUAGUUUUAGGGUCAGGAACUAAUGGAAGUCAAUUUUAAUUUUACUUUCUUUGGUGCACUUGAGAAAAUGUGACGUUGUUUAAACUUGAAAGUAUUUUAAUUCUUUUAGGGUGUUCUUCAGUUGUUAAACUACCAAAUUUCUUUAAGUC